GUUUCGUUUAGAUCGCGUUGCUUCGCGUCGGUGGUCGUCGUGCUGGUGGUCGUGUGAUACACGGGAUCCCUUCGAGUGACGAUCGCCUCGCGUGUGGUCGAUUGGAGCGCGACUGUACCGAUCGAACUUCGACGGUGUGUCGUUGCGUUUACCGUGUGACGAUCGACAGAGUGCUGUUCGCGAGGAAGAAAUGGGCAUUGGUAGGCGCGUGCCGCGUCGCGGUGAACGUUGCGUCGCUGAUCGCCGACAGCGGCGCCAUAACGGGGCGCGUUCGCACGCGAUCACAGUGUGAGACGAGAAAGAAGAAAAGGAGGAAGACGAGCGGAAGCCGGUUGCACGCCGACGAAGCAAGGAGGGAGAGAGAGAGAAAGAGAAAGAGAGAUAGGCCCAGCUUCCGCUUGUAUUGGUUUUUUUUAGUCAGUGCCGUGAUCGUCGCCGCGUGCAAGCACGCUCGUGCGGAGAUUGUGUUAUACCCCAGCGAGAGAACGAGAGCACGCCGAGGGCUGAAAAUGUGAGAAACUUGUUGUUCCGGCUGGUUGGCGGGACACCGGACGAUUUCGUUGACAAGAGUGACAACGGGCUAGUGGACACAGAUCCAGGUCGAGUUAGCAGCAUGACAGCCAUCAACUCGGGUCCGGUCGGGGAAGUGGGCGGCGUCAGGCUGCCGUUGCAGUCAUUACAUGGGUACAGAUCUGUGUUCAUGUACUCGGCGUCGACGAGUCCCGGGGGUGGAGGUGGUCAGAGUGGCGGAGGCGGAGGCGAAGUGACCCUCCGCCUCCGCGAACCCGAGGACAUUCCCGAAGAAGUUCUUGCACGCCUCGAGGACACAGCCACCCUCUCCAUCUCUCUUCAAGGCGACGCAUUGCUGAGGCUGGGGGCGGCUGGCACGGGUAACGGGAAUUUAGAACUGUUCGAUAGUGAGAGCGGGCCGGACCUCACACUAUCACCUCAGACCUUCACGUCGACGGCGGAGGCCUUCAUCAAUGACAAUAGCGAUAGUCUUGGUGUUCCAGGAGACAACGAUACGGAUAUAAGAAUUGAGAGAAGAAUGGAGGAUGGUUGUAAAAAUUUCGCGGAAGAAAAUGCAGCGGAAAUUCCUGCUCCCCUAAGCGAGCAUUAA